AUGGCCUCCCGCCUAGUCUUCGACCCCCUGGUCGCCCUCCGCGCCGCGCCCCUCAUCUCGUCGACCUGCACCCUCCUCUACGCGUGGGACCAGCAUUUCUUCCUCAACGUCUUCAACGCCCCCGAGGUGCGACCGAAGAGCAAAACGGUCGUGCAGUCGUAUUUUCGGACGUUUUUCCGGCGCGGGCUGCCCAUCGUGCUGAGCUUCAUCACGCUCUCGGCCGCCACGGCCGCGGCGAAUUUGUGGACGAGUCCGGGGGCGCUCCGGGCGAGGGGAACGUUUUGGUGGUAUGCGGCCGGGGCCGGGCUGUCGCUGGGACAUUUGGCGUACGUGCCGGCGGUGGCGCCGAGGGUUCAGGCGCUGGUGGAGGCGGAGGAGGCGGAGGUGGAGGAGGAUGUGAAUGGGUUGUUGGAGGGGUGGUUGAGGGUUAAUUUUGUGAGGAUGCAGACAACAAAAAUGGCAUCUUCAACAGACAACCAUCAGGACGCUUCCGCGGAUGAUACCCACGUCCAGCUGAUGAAAGGCUUGACCGUCGCGGAAAAUCAUCAGGAAGCGGCUGAUCAGGAAGAGUCUCGCAGUGAGAACACCAUCAUCAAUUACCUCAUCGAAAACUGCCCAGAGUUUGCGGAGUUGAGAGAGCUGAGAGCUGAGGGAUGGAAGAACCCAGAGGGCGACGUAUUCUUCAAACAGCUGCGCAACAACGCCGACAACACCGACUCUCGGACCGAAAGGUACUUCUACGACAUGAUGAGAAGAAUCGCCAACGAGAUGCACCACUCCACCCUCGCUUUCAGAAUCAAGAACCCCGGCGCCGACUACCCGCACAUCCUCGACAUGGGAUGCGCGCCCGGCGGUUUCCUCGCGACCGCCCUCGACAAGAACCCCGGCGCCAAGGGCCUCGGCCUCAGCCUCCCCGUCCCCGACGGCGGCUACAGGGUCGUGCUCCCAAGCGGCCCGGACGUCGACAUCAGAUACCUGGACGUCACCAUGCUGCCGGGCGACCUGGGCUUCCACCAGAUCCCGGUCGGACACCCGGACGCCUACGACUUCCUGCCGCGGCAGUUCGAGCUGGGACGGACGUUCGACCUCGUCAUCUGCAGCGGCUCCGUCGUCCGCAAGCACCACGUCGCCGACUACAGACAGCGGAGCGAGGCUCGCAGGCUCACCGCCAGCCAGCUGGCCCUCGGGCUGGAGCGGCUCAACCCGGGCGGUACGAUGGUCGUGCUGUUCCACAAGGUGGAGGCUCGGGAUACGGUGCUGCAGCUGUUUCGGUUCAGCAGGUUUUGUGGGCGGUUGAGGCUGUUCAAGCCGACUUCGGGACACGCGAAGCGGUCUUCGUUCUACAUGGUUGCGACGGAGGUCAGGAGCCGGAGUCCCGAGGCGCUUGUUGCUAUCGAGCAGUGGAAGGAGGUCUGGAAGGCGGCGACUUUGGACAUGGAAGGUGAUGCUAGGGAGGAGUUUGAUGCGGAGCAUGUCUUGGAGGAGUUUGGGGAGGAGCUUGUGUGUUUGGGUCGGAAGGUGUGGGCUAUUCAGGCGGAAGCUCUCAAGAAUGCGCCUUUCAUAAAGGGUCAUUGA